CAGUCGCAUCUUCGCUUCCGUCGCUCUGCGUUCGCCCGGCCAGAGUUGUUCACUUGUAAUCGAGUUCUUUGAUUGUGCGCAAAUAUACAUCGAUGACGAUGGAGUGUAGCUGAAUAGCGUCCGACAUCCGCCCAAGUCUCACAGCGGAACAUCUCAAGAGCGUAUCAAAAGGCGACGAAAUUAUCGUGAAAAGUGGCGUGCAAUUAUGCAUUUUGUGUGCGAACUAAUUGAAAAGAGAAUCAAAUAAAAUGUGAAAUCCGAACGUCGAUCGUUUUGAUUUUUUUUUUUUAUUCCAUAGCCAUGGAAUCGGUCGGGAUGUACACGGAAAACUUCCAGCGGCUGAUCUAAAAAUUCGCCGAGUUCUUUUUUUAUUUAUUUUUUUUUAAUUUUAAUUUUAAUCAUUCAAAAUUCCAGAGUGUCCCAAGUUCAGUUCUUUCGGGAAUACACGCGGAUAGUGAUGAUAGCCAUGGAGAGCCUGUCGACAGCGGCGGUCGCGUUGGCGGACACGACGACGGCCACCGUGACGUCGGUCGUCGUUCCAGUGACAGCGUCCAGCACAAAACGGUAUUCAUCUAAAAUGGCCAGAAUUCAAGGGUACGUUGUGCGCGGCGUGACGGCAGCCAAGCCGGCACCGGCCGACGGCGACCCAACGGCCGGCUCGUUCGCGUUCAACACGAAGCGAAGCGCGCUGCGUCUCGUUCGACCUACCGUGGCCGGUCGGCCGGCCAUGUUGGGUCGGGCCAGCACCAGUAGCGCCUACUACCCGAGAACACCUCACGACACGCACUACAGUGACGUCAAUAGCAUCAACGCGCCCGGCGGGAGCGGCGGCAACAGCGGCACGACGCUCUCCGAUUGGACGCACCUCGGCAGGGGGAAGACGGCCAACAAUCGGAGCGAAUCCAACUGGCUGGGCUCCGUGACGGAGCUGUUGAACAGCACGACGACCACCUGGCGCGACGCUUCGUCCUACCUGAACAGCACGACGCAUUUUCCGGCCGGCUGCGUCCUGAACGGCACGUCCGCCGCGCCGAAUCGCAUGCCCUGCCUGACGACGGCCGUCGAUGAUGUGUCCAACUACACCAACGGCACCAUCGACGGAUACGAUGACGACAUGGAAGCCAAAAAUUUCUGGGCCCUCUUGCUCUUCUUGUUCCCGUUGUUGACCGUCUUCGGCAACGUGCUCGUCAUCCUGAGCGUGUAUCGCGAGAGGGCCCUGCAGACGGCCACCAAUUACUUCAUCAUCAGUUUGGCUAUCGCCGAUCUACUUGUCGCUACGUUGGUCAUGCCGUUCGCUGUUUACGUCACGGUGAACGCCAAAUGGGAUCUUCUGGACGUCGUUUGCGACUUCUACAUCGCCAUGGACGUGACGUGCAGCACAUCGUCCAUCCUCAACUUGGUGGCCAUCAGCAUUGACAGGUACAUCGCCGUAACUCAGCCCAUCAAGUACGCCCGCCACAAGAACCACAAACGAGUCUGGCUGACUAUCGGGCUAGUUUGGGCCAUCUCCGCCGCCAUCGGCUUGCCCAUCGUCCUCGGUCUGAAUUACUCGGAGCGUCGUAUCUCGACCGACUGCGCGUUCUACAACGCGGACUUUGUUAUCUACUCUUCACUUUCAUCCUUCUACAUCCCGUGCAUCAUCAUGGUCUUCCUCUACUAUCAAAUAUUCAAGGGUAUUCGGGAGAGGGCAAAGAGGGCGACCGCCAAUCGCAAGCCUCAGCACGCUCACUUGAUGGACAACCUGGCACCGCACACGAAGCGGCUGGCCGAGACGGCUAUAGGCGGCCCGCCGGUAGGCAGUCAGCAACAGCAGAGGGUGCACGUCAACGCGUCUGCGGCGGCCAAAGGCAACGCUGCCAGCGACACGACCAGCAUUGCCGACGCCAGUCCAGCCAACGCCGGAGCUCUGGCCGGCACGCUCUUGUCCUCGGCUCCGGCCGUCACGCUGGCCAAGACGACUUUGCUCGGCCGCAACGCAUCCAUGACGAUGAAACACGGCAGCCUCUUCGACGAGGACAAAGCCACUGACCAGGGCAGCGGCAGCCAAGAUGACGACGAUGACGAUGAUAACAAUGGCGAAGAAUGGGCAGAGGAAGGCAGUAAUAGCGGAUUGCCCAGGGACAUUUCCACCGAGUUUAUGCUGGCCGCUAAACAACAGCAGAAAGACGCGGCCAACGCCCAUCUCGGGAACAAGGUGCCUCCGUCGGGAUUGGCGUCGACGACGCUGCUGUUAACGACGACAACGACGACGGUUGCCGCAGCGACGGCGUCCACCGUGACAGGUCUGAGCAACGGCGACUCGAAUUAUAACAAUCAGCCGCAGGCGACGGGCUCGCUUGGUCAUUCGCUGCUCACCGACGGCGUCUCUUGCCUCUCCUUGCCCACCAGCCAACCGGCCAAUUCCAAGCGGAUGAAGCAACAAAGAGGUAAAGGAAACAGGAGCGGGGGUAGCAGUUGCGGAGUGGAUUCGACGGCCGGCACGCCACCCAGCGGUAGCGGUGGAGGUAACGGCGCUGACAAGGAGAGCAAACAGUACCAGACGGCCGGCUCCAGGUUUACCAUUUACAAAGUGAACAAGGCCAGCCGGAAGAAACGGGAAAAGUCGUCGGCUAAAAAAGAGCGAAAGGCCACUAAAACUCUUGCCAUCGUACUUGGCGUCUUCCUCAUUUGCUGGGUGCCGUUCUUCACGUGCAACAUUAUGGACGCCAUUUGCACCAAAUUUGAACGCGAUUGCCAACCGGGAGGGAUGGCCUUCCAUCUGACCACCUGGUUGGGCUACAUCAAUUCGUUCAUCAAUCCCGUCAUUUACACCAUCUUCAACCUCGAGUUCCGCAAGGCCUUCAAGCGCAUUCUCGUCUGCGCUGAUUGAAAAAUUCCCUAUUUUUUUUUUUAUUCAUUUUU